GGGUUUCGUUUUGCUAAAGAACAGUUAGCAACACCCGAAAUCGUGGCACCCAAAACGAGUUUCCGAUUCUUCCGAUCGUUUUGCGGAAAUGCAGAACCAGAUUUUGGGGAACGCACAGUCCGAAUCGCAUAAUGCGAAGGACAAGGACAGUGUGCUGUAAGUGAGAGCAACCGCAACCCAACCCCAACACAUGCCCCCAAGACGGGAUCAGGACAAUCGUAAUAAGGACCAUUGACCUCGCGAUGCAGUAAGAACCGGGUAUUGGUUCGGUCGGUUCACCAGCGACUGAGGAUGGAGAAUUUAGAUAAAAAAGCAUUUACAGCUAAACCAAACAUUCAUCGAAGAAUGCUUUUAUCUACAAAAGGCUCCAAAACGAGAAAGUUGCUGUGACCGUGCAAGUGCAGUUUUAAGGCGAUCGUACACUUUGAAGGAAUUAGCCUUAAAUCGUUUGAACACGUGCGAGUUGCAUGUUUAAAUACAGCAAAAUUAAAAUUUUUAAAACUCCUACCACAAAACCACAAAUGCUAUAAAUUUUAUAGACAAAUUUAUGCAUCGCAGAUUUUUUUUGCCCAUAAGUUCAAGUUCAAGUUCCAGGUCCAUGAUCAACUUCAAUAAACAGUUUCUUCAUUAAAGCUUCUAAAGAAUUGAUUUUCCUCAUUGCUUUAUGUGCUUCUUUUCUGUUGUUGUAAAAAUCAACCUCGAAUCAGCCGGAAUUUGAGAAUUGCCAAGAAGGAACCAGUUCUUUUCGUUGAUGGGUGUUUUUUUUUCGUUUGACCCUCUCUCUCUCUCUCUAUCUCUCUCUCUCUCUCUCUCUCUCUCUGGGGACACAGAGAGGUCCCCAGCGCUUAUAUAAGAAGGUGCAUCAUUGCAACGGCUUUUCAGUGCCAACUUGAAUUUCAGCUGUUCAGAUUUCGGCCAGGAUCAAAAUAAUGUUCGUCACCAAGGAAACGCUCGCGGUGGUGUUGCUUCUCGCGACUUGCAUUAGCUUCUCGCUAGCCCUACCGACAGCCGACGACAGUCUGCCCAAGCCGGAGGACAGCGUAGCGAAACUAAACACCCCAAUCGGCGGUGCAGAGGACAAACCGAUCGAGCGAGCAGGGCGCAUCUUGUUGCCGACCGACUUUGCCGUGAAAAAGAAGAAGUACACCAUCGGUACGCGGGGCGUUGGAUCGUUCUUUCGCGCCUGGCGGAACUGCAUCGCCGAGGGUAAAGGAUUGGCCACAAUAGAGAGCGAAGAGGAGCAGAAGUUUUUGGAAGCGAUGCUUGACGCUAUCUCACCGAAUACCCGGUACUGGAUUGGGGCUACCAACUUGGGUGCGUCGAACUUCCAGCUGACGUGGAUUACUACGGACCUGCCGGUACAGACGGCACCGGAGUCGUUAAUUUUAAAUAAACCAACCUGCAUCAGCCUGAGCUCGUCCGGCACCUGGCAUAAGAAUAACUGCUUCUCGACGGUAACUUCCAAGCCCUACAUUUGUGAGGAGUACUAUUAAAUGCUAGCGCCGGCUGUACUUUGCAGCAGUGCAGGAUAGCGGCGUGCAUUGUGCGUGGAAUUAGAGUAAUAAAUCAUUGGAAACCUUAA